UCAAAGAAAAAAGUUUACCGAAAGUCCAACGCAAUUGUUUAUUGUUUAUUGAUUUACGAGAACAAUCUCGGGAAACAAUGCAAUGUUGAGCAAAGAGUGUUAAACUAUUGCUCUUGUUAGCACAAAACAUAGCGCGUUGCAAGUAACUAUUAGCAGUGAUGGAAACCCCUAUUUACAAAGUGAACUAAAAAAACAAAUAAAAGGUGAUAAAGCGUCGUAAGCGAUGGAUAAUGAUCCGAUGAGCUUCAUGGACGCUCCGCUGGACGAGUCCAUGGAUUUGUUCAAGGCGGAGGACGCCUUCGAUAUGAUCAACGAGGUGUUGCACUCGGAUAUGUUGGACAGCUUCCUCAACGAAAUAGACCUGGAGCAGGCGCAGAUGUUCAACAUGAUGCAGGUGGAGCAACCACCGUCCGAGAAGCAACCACCGCACGUGAAGAGCGAGCACUCGUCGCCGGUGCACAUUAAGGAGGAGCUGCAGCAGCAGCAGCAACAGUCGCCACUGCUCUACAAGCCGGAUCCCCUUAUGGCCUCCAACUACAAUCUCCCCCAGCAACAGCAGCCUGCGCUGAUGAAGGCGGGCCAGCCCACAGCCACCAUUCAUCACAUGGACGCCCAGCGGUUGCCGCCGAACACCGGUGUCUAUUCCCCAGCUUUGGGCGGUAGCAUUGUCUACCAGUCCAUUUCCCCGCCCACGCCGCCGGCAGAGCCAUCGCCCCAAAAUGUGAAUGUCAUGUUGCCCAUUGUUCCGGCCGCCGCUCCCUUGGCCAUGAAGUCGCAUCCGCAACCCUUCAUCACAUACACCCAACCAAUGGCCACGAGUCCCGGAAUCGUUAUCCCUGCCUCAAUGGUACCCCUGCUGAUGGAAGGUACGCCGACGACUUCCGUGGCGAGUCCAAAGACGUCUCCACCUGUUGCUCCGUCGCCGAGCAGCACUGGUAGCCGGGCCAGCAAAGUGCGAGUGGCUCCACUGGCACCAUCUCCCACAACCAUGGAGGUCCAGGGCAAGGUGCCCAUCAACCGCGUGCAGCCUAAGGUGAAGGAGGUGAAACGAUCGGCGCACAAUGCCAUCGAGCGGCGCUAUCGUACCUCCAUCAACGACAAGAUCAAUGAGCUGAAGAACUUGGUGGUGGGCGAACAGGCCAAGCUGAACAAAUCCGCAGUGCUGCGGAAGUCCAUAGACAAGAUCCGGGAUCUGCAGCGCCAGACGCACGACCUGAAGGCAGAGCUGCAGCGCCUGCAGCGUGAGCUGAUGGCCCGCGACGGAUCCAAGGUGAAGGAUCUGCUGCAGCUGGGCACGCGGCCAGGACGAGCGUCCAAGAAGCGUCGCGAGAGCUCGCUGACCACCACGGAUGCCGGACUGACCCCACCGCGCAGCGAUGUAUCCGAUCCCUCUCUCUCGCCCACGCACUCGGAUAUCUCCCUGCCGCCGUCGCCCUAUGGCGGAUCCACUGGCAGCUGCAGCAGUGGCAGCAGCAGCAAUGACGAUGUGCUGGUGGUGCCCAGCUCCAUGCGUGGCAUGGCCACCCACUCUAGGCUGGGACUCUGCAUGUUUAUGUUUGCCAUCCUGGCCGUCAAUCCCUUCAAGACGGUCCUACAGCACAGCCAGUAUGGCAGUAAUGUCGAUGUUGGCGAACUUAGCGGUCAAAGACGCAUUCUCUCUUACGACGUGGAUGGGGGUGAAGGAUUUGGCUGGCAGCAAAGCUCUUGGAUAUGGCUUUUGAACUUGCUACUGAUGUUCGGGUGCCUGGUGAAGCUGCUGGUGUACGGCGAUCCGCAACUUGAUCCACAGACGGAUGCCUACUGGCAGCACAAGCAGCGGGCUGACUCCCACUUUGCCCAAGGACAGGCUGCUCAGGCCUACGCCGGUUACCUCAACUGUUUGCAUAUGUUUGGACUAAGUCUGCCGACGUCACGCGUGGAGUGCUAUCUACAGACCUCCUGGCAGUUUCUGCGGUUUCUUUUCCAUCGCCUCUGGCUGGGCCGGGUGCUGUCACGUCGAACUGGAGGGCUGUUCAGCAAUGCCACCAGCCGGAAGCAGGCGCUGGCCUCGGCACGAGAACUGGCGCUGCUCUUUAACCGACUGAAUCAACUGCAGCUGACUGGAAACGGAAGUCGCGGAGACGGGAAUGGCAUUAUGUUGGCCCUCUUUGCUAGCAACAUGGCUGAAGUGGCUCACAAUCUGCUGACUCCGCGCGAGACCAUUUGCAUCCACGUCAUGACGGCGCUACGAAUGAAGCGCAGUGCCCCAAAGUGGCUACAGCAGCUUUUUGCUCGCUACUAUAUGAGCCGGGCUCGCCAAGAGUGCGGUCGCACCCGGGCUGCCGAGCAAACGCAGGAGUUGCGUUGGGCGUUCAGCGCCUAUGGAUAUCGGUACUGCAGUACGCACGUCUUUAGCUACGACUUGAACGACUCUGGCGAGAAGGAUGGCUUUUUCACACGCCUAAGGAAUCCUUGUGAUCCCGCUGCCCAUGUCGUCAAGCAAUACCGCGAACAUCUGCUGUUUAAGGCCAUUCAGUGUUUGGUGGGAGCCGGAAAAGCGUCAGGCGGUGUGCCCACCUCUUCAGCGGGCAGGGAGACGGAGCCACUGCAGCAACAGCAACACAGCGGCACUAUCGUCAGCAAUGUUCUGAAGUACACCUCGCUCUUGAGGGACACACUGUGGGCCGAAGAGGAUGAGCGCGAUACUAAUGUGGUGUGGUGGGCAAAUGUUCUGGAGAUCGCAGUUCACUGGCUCCUUGGUGAAGACACGCUGGCAGAGCAGUUAUACGAUAGCAUCAAGCAAAUGCCUGCACAGCUGGAACAGUUCAACGAAAACGAUCAUCUGCCCAGGGCGCUGCAUGCCGUGCUUCGAGCCAAGAUGAUACUACUAAAGAACAAUGGAAACGCUCUGGACAAAGGCCUGAAGCAAUCGGUCAAUGUGCUAUGCGACGAAUCGAGUGCACAGCUCCAAGAAUGUCUGACUGUCAAUAAGAUCACCAACGCAAGGGCCAUAAAGCUGACUUUCCAAUUGCUUACCUGCGAUUGGCUGCUUGAAACUCGAACCACUUUGUGGGAGCUUGAGCACAUGAACAUCGAAGAUGAUGGCUUCUACCAAGUGCCCGGUGAUGAGCUCGAGAAGUUCCAGACGGAUUUGAAUUCGCUGCGCAGCAUUGUGGAAAAUAUCCCGAACGCCCAACCGAGGAUAUAUUUGUACGAAGCUGUUUGUCGCCUGAUGGCCGGAGCCUCUCCGUGUCCAACGCAACAGCUUCUGGACAGGAGUCUGCGAUCGCGUUACGCCCACUCGUCCAUUUUCUGUGGCAGCAAGGAUCGGCGCCACCAGAACUUCGAGGGAGGGGAGAGAGAGCGCGCGAAUGCCAUGUUUGUGGCCUGCAAGUAUCUACCGAACGCGCUGCUCAGCUCCCCUGGCGAACGUGCUGGCAUGUUGGCCGAGGCGGCCAAGACGCUGGAGAAGGUGGGCGACAAGCGGAAACUGAAGGAAUGCUACCAGCUGAUGAAAUCACUGGGCAACGGCAUUGGUAGCGUGAAAGGUUAAGACAGUCGUGGAGGAUUUUAGCCAUAAGUAACUAGAACCUGGGAUGGAAUUUUGAGCAAAUUAUUCCCCUUCUCUCCCACGAAAGUGAAGCACUCUAGGCCUCUUUAAUUUACGCUUUCCCCUUUGUUUUCCCGCCCCAAUAUACUUAGAUUGUAAUUCAAAACUUAUUUAGUAUGGAAAUUCGUAUUUGUUUAAUACAUACCGUAAAGGUUUGACAUAUUUAUAAUAAUAAAUAUUUUAACAGAUAAA